AUGGCUACGCAAGGCUUGCGCACGAUAAUCGCUCUGUCAUUUAUCUUGGCGAUCGGCUUCCUCCUCGUCAUCCUAUCUGCAGCUCUAUGGCACAACUUCCUUCCUUUGAUUGUCGUUGCAACAUAUAUAAUCGCGCCUCUACCGAACUGGAUCUGCAGUCAGUGCGGUAACCCCGAUGACUUUAUUGAAAGCUCCGGAAGUGCCGUGGUCGACUUUGGUCGGUUCUUGACUGCGUUCCUGGUGCUUAUGGGAAUAGCGCUUCCCACCGUUCUCGCUCACAGUGGUGCCAUUGAGGUGCCCGCAAUGGUCAUGUCGAUCCUCGGUGGUUUGCUCAUCUACGGCACCAUCAUCAGUUUCAGCAUGUUUUUCAGGGAACAAGAGGAAUUCUAA